AUGGACACCGUAACUAAUGGUGACUCUCGCCCUCUUGAGAGAGCCGUAGUCGAUCUGUUCGAUGAGUGGGCAGCCCGAGAUCCUGAUAGAGUUGCUGUAGAGUGGAAAGACGAACAACUCACGUAUGGCCAACUACGAAAUGCUUCGCUUCACGUUAGCCAGGCACUCCUCGCUGCAGGCGUCAAACCACGGAGUCGAGUCCCCGUACUCACCCAAAUGUCUCUCGAGAUGCUCCCCGCCGUCAUAGGUGUCUUGAGAGUCGGUGCUUGCUACAUACCCAUGGAUGUUGUGGCUUGGAGUCGUGGAAGAAUAGAAUCAGCACUCUCUGACCUUUCGUCUUCUGUGGCUCUCAUUGCAAGCCAUUGUCCUGGCUUGGAGUUGACAAGCUACGUCGACCAUGUGGUGGAGUUUCGGACUUCUUGGUUGCUUUCUCCUGUCACCGAGGGCAUUGGCCUCUUGUGCAAGCAGCUAGACCAGAUACGACGGGGCUUCCGAUAUAAUGAUCUUGCUUGGAUUGUGUUUACAUCUGGAACUACGGGAAAGCCGAAAGGGGUCAUGGUCUAUCACCGAGGCAUUUGCUCUGUUGCUAUGGUGCGACUCAACGACAAUCUCGACGUCAUCACGGCAGAGAAGGGGCUUCGUAGUCUUCUAGCUUACUCCAUUUCAUUUGAUGGAUGCGCCGGUGUUGUUUGGCUGAGCCUGACAAAGGGUGGCACGUUGGUACUGGCUUCGCCAUCCGAUUUCCCUCAAGCCUCAACCACCUGUGAGGUUCUGAGCAUGACACCCUCGAUGCUCGCUGUCAUGGAUCCUUCUGGAGGCUAUGAUAGGGUCCAGUACAUAUAUCUCGGUGGCGAAGCACCCGUAAUGGAUGUCGUCAAUCGCUGGAUCACUCCAACUCGCAAGGUGCUCACCACAUAUGGCCCUUCAGAGACAACUGUCACCAUCAGCUUUGGAGAACUCAAGCCAGGGGAGGACCCUCCGUUUGGCGAGCUUAUCCCAGGCGUCGAGGUUGUUCUGGUAGAUGAGAAUCUGCAGGAAUGCAGCUACGGCGAGGUCAUGAUCACGGGACCAGGCCUGGCAGCUGGCUACUAUAAAAACCCUGAACUCACAGCCCAGAAAUUCAUCGAGUGGAACGGGAAAAGGUUUUACAGGACUGGAGACCUUGCUCGACGAUACAAAGAUGGCCAAAUCAUUUGGGCUGGGCGAGCAGAUUCUUUGAUCAAGAAUAGAGGGUUUCUUGUCAACCUCGAUACUGAGGUUGAGCCAGCACUCGCCUCAUUCAAGCCUGUAAGAGUUGCCGUGGCCUUCAAGUGGCGAGAGCGUCUGGUAGGAUGUAUUCAACCCGCCAAGGUCAACAUUGAGGAGCUCCGUCAAUUUAUGAGAGAGCGUUAUGAUCCUUUUAUCAUCCCAGACAUCAUCGUUGCCCUAGACUCCUUUCCCCUACGACCAAACGGAAAGGCGGAUCGAGGUGCCCUCAAAGAGCAACUCGAUGAGGGAGAAGUAGAAGAGGAAGAGCUUGCGUUGGAGGGAGAAACGAAGACAGCUUCGACGUAUGACGUGCUGCGCGCGGCUUUCUCUCAAGUAUUACACGUUCCGGCCCAACGGCUCAAUGAGACAUCAGCAUUCACCAAGAAUGGGGGAAACUCUCUUACAGCUCUCAAACUCACCAAUCUACUGAACAAGAAGGGUUUCUCUGUUUCUGUGGUCGAUGUGCUGAAGCUGGAUACCAUUGGUCAACUACAAAAUGUCUUGAAGAGAUCGACACCCUCAGAUGACAAAGGAGGUGACCAAGAGCCAGAGGUUGGGUUCUGUGAUAUCCCAGUAACUCCAGUACAGAGGCUAUUCCUAAAUCGAUCUCUGGAAUAUCCCAAGUUCUGUGCUCUUAUUGGUACGACUCGCUACGUUGGAGAUGCUUCCAAGACGCCAACCGCCAGUGAGAUUCGCGAUGCUUGCGUCAAGGUCUGGUCAGCACAUAGCAUCUUCCGAACAAGCUUUGACCUGGAAAGGUUUACUCUCUCUGAUCUGGGCAGACUGAAUCUUGACUGGCAUGACGUGGUUGUCGAGCAAGACAACUUCGAGGCAGCGUGUGCAGCCGCCGAGGAGAGAGCCUGGUCAUCUUUGGAAAGCCUCAAGCCAUCAGAUACGGAAGUUCCUUACUGCGAUAUGACAUGUGUCUCUGUACCUGGUCGUAAGGCCUUGGCACUCAUCAGUCGAACCCAUCACGUAUUGGUUGAUGUGUUUUCGUCUGCAAUACUCUCGGCUGAUGUGGAGAGGGCGUUGGCCGGUGAAGACAUUGUCUCAAGGCCUCGGUUUCAGGACUUUGCGCGCUUCAUGCAGAAGUAUUCGAGGGAGAACUUGGCGAGAGCAACAGAUGCUUUCAACAAGAUGAUUCAACCGCUUCACAAAGACGCCAUCUUGAAUCUCCCUCGUCCAGCGACACUCCCAUCAAAGCAAGCUUUUGAUCUGGUGCGAUAUAAAGCACCCACGCCUAUCAGCAGAGCUAGACUCAACGCUGCAGUUCACAGACUCGGCAUUACGAAUAGUACCAUGGCGUAUGCGUCCUGGGCUUUGUUUCUGGCAAAAGUGACAGGAUGGAACCAGCUCGGAUUCUGUAUUAGUCUAUCAGGACGUACUCUCCCUUGGCCAGGGGUUGAGUCAAUAGUUGGUCCUUUGCUCUCCCGAGUCCCAUUUAGUACCCCUGUUCCAUCAAGCGGACGCGUUCACGAGUGGUUGGCCGAGGUGCAUAAAGCUACACUUGAUACCCUCGAGUUCGAUGGCCUCUCUCACGCCCUGCCCGACUCUAUCAUGGCAGACCCCCGCCUGAACGCGACGAUAGUUCUCUGCUUCCUCGAUGUACCGCAGCCAUCAGCCAACUGGACUUAUAGUGACAAGCAGCGCCACAACUACCUCCUGAAUUGGUCUAUCUUCCAAGAGGGUGAUGAUGUGACGAACGUUCUUGAGGUACAGUCUUCGGGUGUUGAUAUGGAAUGGGCUGAGAAGAUGAAGUGGGUUGCUGGUGAUCUGCUGAAUUCGCUGGUGGACUCGACAGAAGAUACUCUCAUCGAGAGUCUUCUCUGCUGA